AUAAUAUAUCAUCGUUCUCGAUUAAACUCUUGUCUGAGUAGUGCAUGAACCAUACUUGCAAUCAAUUCGCCGUCUAUUCAAAUUAAUAGCUUAACACCAUGCCAGAAAUGUAUCAUGCACACCCUCUUUACGGUUAUGACCGUGAUUUCAAAGGAUACGGUGAGAAAGGGCUGGAUCCGAAAUGGCCCAACAACGCCAAGAUCGCAGUGUCGUUUGUAAUCAACUACGAAGAGGGUGGUGAGCGCAGCGUCAUGCGCGGCGAUGGAAUUUCAGAGGCCAAUUUGCGUGAAAACCCAGGAGGCCCCCCACGGGUAAAUGAGCGCAACUACAAUGUUGAGUCUGAGUAUGAGUACGGCAGUCGCGUUGGAUUCUGGAGACUGUUCAGAAUGUUUAAUAAGCUGAAAAUGAAAUUCACGCUGUACGCUGUUGCUCAGGCGGUAGAAGAGCAACCGGAGGUUGUGAUGCGAUGUGUGGAGGAAGGUCACGACGUUGCUUCCCAUGCGUACCGAUGGAUUGAGUACCACGAUAUGUCGGUUGAGAACGAGAAAGAGUACAUCAAAAAGGCUAUUACAUCACUAAAAAGGCUGAGUGGGUACGCCCCAAGAGGAUGGUAUUACGGAAGGAGUAGUCCUCAUUCACGAACCCUUGUUCCUCAAGUCUACGAGGAAAUGGGUGAAACGCUUGAGUGGAUGAGCGACACAUAUGCGGAUGACGUUCCUUACUGGGUCGACUUAAACCACGAGAAGGACUCUUCCAGCCCGAAGGGGUGCCUCAUGGUGCCUUACUCCUACGACUGCAAUGAUUUCAAGUUUCACACCGCUGGUUCCGGCUUUCGUGACCCCCAGGGUUUCUUCACUCACCUGAAGAACGCCUUUGACGUGCUCUAUGAGGAAGGACAGGAAGGCAUGCCCAAGAUGAUGACGAUCGGACUGCACUGCAGAAUUGUAGGGCGUCCUGGCCGCUUCGCCGCUUUAAAGCAGUUUGCAGAGUACAUCAGUCAGAAGGAGGGCGUCUGGGUUGCAACUAGGUCUGAGAUUGCUGAGGCUUUCAAAAAGAACUACACCUAUAGAAAAGGGUUUCUGGCAUAGUGGAGUCUCAACAACCUACUCUAUAAAGCCUACGAUGAACCUACGAUGGAUUAGGGUAAACUUGUGGUAUUAGUGACACCGUUGCCAAUAAAUUGGAUUGUGGUGCAAUACACACUAUCAAAAUACCCUUGUUAGAACAAGGAUCCGCGCAAAACUUGUUAUCAUCAAA